ACAAAGAGAACUCCUGAUCUCCCUAUAUCUUGUUACAUUUAUAGAGUCUGGAGAUGCAAGCCCAAGACGAGGGACAGAAAGAAGAUAUAGAGGUUGAAAUGAAGAGGAGAAGAGAGAUGGAGAAGGGGACAGAGAUGAGAUAUGCCAUUGAAGAGCUCUCUUUGAUAGUCAAACUUAAACCUGGUGAUAAUCAUGCUGCUUCUGCUCCUCACAUCCCCACAAAGCCUUUUCUUUAUGUCUGCAACUUGGUUAUUCAAGUUCUUGAUAAGCUUGGACCAACAAUGGCUGUUCUGAGACAGGACAUUCAUCAGAAUGUGCAGAAAUUGGAAAUGGUCCAUGAAUCUGAUCCUUUGCUGAAUUCAAAUCUGGUUGAGAUCUUGAAGAAAGAGGCCAGUGAAGGCAAUGCAAGGAAAGAUACAAGCUGUAGCAGAGCCUUUCUUUGGCUUACCAGAUCCAUGGAUUUUACUUUGGCAUUAUUACAAGAAUUAACAAAAGAACCUGAGCAGAGGAUGGAACAAGUAGUUGAAGAGUCUUAUAAUAACACAUUGAAGCCAUGGCAUGGAUGGAUAUCAUCAGCUGCUUUCAAAGUAGCUCUAAAACUAGUGCCAGACAGGAAAACCUUCACUAAUACUCUCAUGGGGAAAGAUGGAAAUAAUGAGUCCCUUAAAGAAGAAAUGCAAACCUUGAUUUCAUUGUUUUUGCCUUUAUUAGAGGAAAUCCACUCUAUCCUGAGAGUUUAUGGCUUGGAUAGAUUAAAGUCUACCUAAGGAAAUACCACAUAAAGAAAGCGGAACUGUAUAUGUAUAUUACCGUCUGGUUUAGCAAUGAUUUUUUUACCCCUUUUACCUGAAAUGUAAUAUAAAUAUGUAAAUAGCUCCUCUCUUCUUCUUUUUUCUUUUCGAAGAAAAAAAAUAAGAAGCGUGAGCUACUAUAAUGUAUAUUCUAUGCGUGUAAAUAUAUAUCAUCUCAUCGUCUGUUUGCU